AUUGCCUCGUCUGUAGUGGUUGUUGUGUUGAUGUAUUUUGUGUAGGUGGCGGAUGCGUUUACAUUAAUUUUUUUCCUUACAACUUUUUAGUACUUUUAACUCCACGGCCACGGUUUCUUUUGCAUAGCGGCCCACGCCAUUUGCCACUGUCGUACACCGUAAUAGUGCAGUUGUAUCAUCGCUUUUGGAGUUUGUUAUUCGGAAGCCGACUGGACAAGGACCGUUGUUGAUUCGAUUUCGUCCAGUCCGCAGAUUAGCAUAACUCCUCUCUUCGGUCGUCGACGGUUCGUGGCCCACCUACCUAGUGCGCUGGUGUAUAUGUUUUCAGUCAGAGGUCUCAAUCCUCUGGAACAAGACGUGCUCUGCUUCGACGACUCAUAAGACCUCCGUUUAUAGGUGACGGUAUUCUAGGUUGUCAGUAUAUCAUAAAUAUUGAAAAUUCAGACAACAACAACAGUAACAGCAAACAAUGUCUAAUUCAGGAAAUUGUGUAACACCAAAAUCAACUAUUCCAAUGAAAAAUAAUAUUCAACAACAAUCCAUACUAGAGCAUGAUGCACCAUCACAAUCAACGUGUCCUAAACCUGUGGUUGAAACUCAAAAACUGACAGCCUCAGUUGCUCAAACGUCUCCAGUAAAAGAAUUGGAGGAUAAACAGAUAAAUCUUGAAGAUGAAAAAUCAAAUAGCAUGAUGUCAAAAAUAAAAUGGCCCACCAGACAAAAAACUAAUAAGAAAGAACGGAAAAAGCGCCUGAAUGCUCGAAUGCGUCGUUUAGUAUCUCCUAAAAGUCCAUUAAUGGUAUUCUCUGAGUUGUUCAAUGAUGUACCAAUUCACUUACAAGAGAACACAAUAAAUAAUGUUAAGCGUUACACUGCUACACUUCAGGUUGAUGGUCAGGUGUAUACUGGAAAUCACAAUUCCAAGAUUAAAGCCAAACAAAAGGCAUGUGAACAUUUCUUGCGCAUUAUGUUGGCUAAAAAAAUAAGUGAACAAUCGGAAAAAAAACAAGAAUUUCCGAUUGAAGUAGAUAUGGAAGAUGGAAAAAAUGAUACUGUGUCAAAACCUAAAGGACCCCCGCAGGAAGAUUUCCCAUGGCCACAUUUUGCUUCAUUAGCUAUGCAUAACUUGAUAAAUUACUGGGAACUACAGCCUGUUUCAAGAGAUAUUAAUUUACAAGAUGAACAACCAAAUGUCAUAAAAUCACCACCAAAAGUUGGUCCUAUGAAAAAGUUUCCUGAAGACCCAAAAAACUGCAAUCCAGUACAGUUAAUAAAUCAAAUGAAGCCUGGUGCCAAAUUUAUUGAAACUAUAAUUAGUUUAAACAGGCCAUCAGUUUUCAAUGUGAAAGUUGAAAUAGACAACAUUACAUUCACUGGACUAGGAUCAUCAAAAAAAGCAGCUAAGAGGGAAUGUUGUAUUGAGGCAAUCAAAUUUUUUUGGCAAUUUGACUUCCAUGCUAUAGAAGACGAUUUACUCACUAAAAAAUGAACAUAAUAUUUGUAAUAAUAAAUGUUUGUGUAGUAGUCAACGUUAUUAGUUAACUGUAUUUAUUUUGUUUUUAACGUUUAAGGUUAAUUUAUGUUAAGUGAAUUAUUA